AUGAAGUGUUCCGUCUGCUGUAAGUUCGCUCCUAACACCAAGUCUCCCUUUGGCGGUGCUGGAGUCGGUGCAAGGGAUGUUCAGAAGUCGCCGUGCCGCAACCAUGACCAGUCCAAGGUGCACCUCGCGGCCAUGGAAGCUGCACGACUCGCUGAAGGCACGGAGGUGCGGCAGCGCAGCCUCUUGAAUAUGCUCAGCAGCGAUCCGGUCAUGGCGAGGGUCGUCAAAUGCAUGCAAGGAGCUCACUGGAUUGCGCGGAACGAUGCACCUAUCGCGCUCUACCCCAUGCUGGUGCGGUUCAUGGCGGAACAAGGCUGCCCCGACAUGAUGACCGACGAAUCGUACGGUCGUUAUUACUCGCGAUACGCCUUCGGCGAGUUCGUAGAGGCCAUGGCGGAGCAUCUGGUGGCCAAGCAGCUCCUGGAUAUCAAAGAGUCGGCGUGGUACAGUCUCUCCUUCGAUGAAUCCACGGAUCGCGCCCGGGGAAAGCAUCUCAUUGUGUAUGUCACGUUUGAGAGAGGCGAGGCCGUGGUGUGUCAGUUUCUUGCUCUCCUGUCGCUCGAACGUUGCGACGCCGCUGCACUGCACGACACUAUCGUGAAGUGUUUGUGGUCGAAGGACAUGUCGCUGGACAAGCUUGUCGACAUCACAAAGGUGAAGAAUCAUGUCGACAAGGUGAAGACCAAGCUGUCGCAGUACUACGUCGAGCCCGGCGCAUCCAACGGGCCGAACACCUCUCGCCUGAACAAGUUCCUUGCUGCACACGGCAGCAAGGACAAGCGCAAGAUGGAGCUCAAGGGAGUGGACGAGAACGGCAAGUCUGCAAAAGCCGAGAUCGAGCUUCAAGAAGACAUCAUCGACCCUAAAAACCGGGGGGGGGGAUGCGACAUGGAGGCCUGCGUGGACCUGGCGAGGCGUUUCGCUCAGCGCCUGAUUAAGGCGCUGGGGAAGAGGAUGGCGGACCUGCGUCAUUUCGAUGGCGUUGGUUUCUUCUCCCCUGAUAAGUAUCCCGACCGUGCAGGAGAGCAGGACGCGUGGGUGAAGCUCCAUCUCUCCGAGCUCCUUGACAUGUUCAAGAACAAGCUUCCUGGUAAGUCGAGAGGGAUAGAGUAG